AUGUUAUCAGGUAUUGUACAAAAACAUGCUGAAAGACAAAGAACUAUUGAUGAAUUUGGUAAAACAUGUCAGAAAUUAAUAACCAAUGCCAUUGAAAAAUAUAAGAACGAUGCAAAAUUAUUGGAAAUAGAUGAAGUUAAUGAAAUUAAGAACCUGGAGGCAGAUUUCCAGAAACGCUACUUGUUAAUUCAAUCAGCAAUGGAUGAAAACAAAUCUAUCCUUGCCUCAAAUGAUCCAUCUAAAUUUGUCAAACCCAAAGAACUCACAGAGCAAGCACUCUAUCAGAUGAUUGGAGACAUUCCAGAAACGAAGAAAACUUUUAUCCAGGGGCAGGUCCUAAAAGAUCCUCAAUCAGUGAACAGUCCAAAUAAAGGUGUAAAGAAGUUUCUUGAUUUUUCAAUUACAGUAGGAGAUAUAAAAAGUGAUGAAGCAAUUAGUGACAUAGCUUGUAUUCCUUACACAGAUCACUUCUGGGUCAGUGGCUCUGAUGGAACCAUUAAACAGCCGAACAAAGAGGGAGGAGUGCUGAAACAAAUCUCCACAAAUGAUGACCCAUAUGCCUUGACAGUAACAAGAGAGGGUCACUUGGUGUAUAUUGAAAAGAAGGAGGGAAAAAUUGACAGAGUAGAGGAUGAUGAGACAAAAUGUCUGCUUCAAAUACAAAAAGAAUGGAUUCCAGAUGUUAUCUGCAGCACUCGUACAGGUGACCUCUUAGUACAUAUGAUAUCCCGAGAUAAAAUAAAGAGUAUCAUGAAGAAAAGGAUUAUUUUAAUUCUUGUUGAGGUUAUCAAGUCUGGAAAGAAAAUUAAAUCUACAGCCACUAAAAGACGGGAAAUAUCAUUAGCGAAGUCAGUUGGUGCUGUUGUUUUGACAGACCUCAUGUGCUGGAUACCUAUUGGAUUAAUAGAUGGCUGGGUGGUCGUGGCCAUUUUCGGAUUACUGUAUAAUGAUCUCCUUAAGAAGGAGAGCUCCAUAUGA